AUGACUGCCUUGAAACCCCUCACGGUUUAUGUGCAUAGCGCGGGGCCAAACCCUUUCAAAGUCACCAUUGUUCUUGAAGAACUCGGGAUCCCCUAUGACAAGAUUGUAGUGGACAAUCCAAAGCAGGAUUGGUUCCUCGCCUUGAAUCCUAAUGGCCGGGUUCCAGCCCUCACUGAUCCCAAUAAUGAGGAUUUCACCAUCUGGGAGUCUGGAGUUAUUGUUGAGUAUCUUGUCGAGCUGUAUGACAAGCAGGGCAAGUUGACAGUGGAGGAUGCAAGGGGAAAGUGGGCGUUGAAACAAUAUCUGCAUUUUCAGAUGUCAGGCCAGGGCCCGUAUUUUGGCCAAGCUGUGUGGUUUCAUCGUUGUCCUGAUGACAUUCCGAUCGCAAAACAGCGAUACAUUGAGCAGACAGUUCGAGUUUUCGAGGUGCUGGAGACUAUCCUCAAAGACCGGGAAUACCUAGUAGGGGACAAAUGCACGUAUGCAGAUCUGUCCUUCAUUCCGUGGAACAGGGUCGCCCUAUACGCACCAUUUUUCAAGGAGGUUUUGUGGGAACAGUACAAAGUUAAGGAGAAAUUUCCCAACUUUCUAGCAUGGCAUCGGCGUUUGAGCUCUAGGCCGUCUGUCAGAAAGGCGUAUGGUAGAGAUGACGGAGAUGAAGUGAUGUGA